AUGGGCAUUUUUGGGUUUGGAUACGACGAGCAUAAUGACGACUACAAGGUUGUUUAUGUUUAUUGUGCUAAGUAUGGUGAUGAGAAUGUUGUUAUGGUGUACAAUUUUAAGCAUGGGUCAUGGAAAAGAAGUGAAAGAGGGCUUAGUACUACUGGGUUUGUUAAUCCAGGAAUUGCUGUGUUUAUGAGUGGUAGUCUCAAUUGGUGCAACAACAACUUUCAAGGCAGUGACUGGAAUUGGAACAUAAUUUCUUUCAACUUAACCACUGAAACUGCCAAAGCUAUAGCUUUACCUAGCCAUGAACAUGGGGUCGCUAUUUGUAUAAGUGAAUCAAGAGGAUUGCUUUUUGCAGGUUUUCAUCACAAAGGUCAAAUGGAAGUUAGGGUGAUGAAUGAGUAUGGAGUUCAAGGAUCGUGGACUAAUCUAGUCUGCAUUUCAAACUUACCAUUUCAUCAUCCACUUCCCCGGGGUGUUGAGAACACUGCAUACAUGGAUAUAUGUAAUGCUAGACUCGCAAUUAAAUAG